UGUCAGCGCUCACGUGGGCACACUGCAUCCGACUAGAUGCCCACAGUGCCCAAUUUCCCAACGUAAAAUUAAAAUCACCACUUUCAUUUUAGCUAGGCCCAAAACCCUUGUUGCCGAUGAGACCGAAAUCCGACAACAUCCAAGCCCACCACUAACAAAAAGAUUCCUCCUCCGAUGGCUUCGCAUUUCCACCACCACCCGCACCACCACCACUGCCACCCGACGACCACCACCACAUCCUCCACCGUUUGCCACUGUUGCUACCCUCCUCCUCCUCCUCCUCAUUCAGUUCCUGACCCUUACCUCCCUCACCAUUACCACCACCCUAGUCCCCAAACGCACUUCUACAAUCCUUACCCAAAUCCGCCAAUCUUUAAUCCAAAUCCAAAUCCACCAUGUACCAAUCAAAGCCUCCACCAGGUCCAUCGCCAGCAAACGGAGUUCCGCCCACCUUCGACUGGCCUGGAACAAGAGCGCUAUUUCCGGGACCAGCAGACGCCGGGAUUAGCCCACGACCAUCCCGCUGUUUCCUCUCUUCUCCUCCGCAUCGCCGCCCUUGAAUCCUCCCUCAGGACCCACUCCACCAAACGGUCUUCUCAACCCUUGCGGGACGCCGCCGCUCGGACCAUUCAGACCCACUUCAGAGCUUUUCUCGUUCGCAGAUCGAGGACUCUUCGGCAGCUCAAGGACCUGGCUUCCAUUAAGUCAACCCUCAAUGCCCUUAAAUCGUCUGUUUCCGGGAAUAACCUCUUUGAUCCGCAAGCUCUGCAUCAAAGAGCCUCGAGGUUGCUGUUCAGACUCCACGUUAUUCAGGGUGGUGAUCCUAUGAUUAGGGAUGGGAAAAGAUCUAUUAGCAGAGAAUUAAACCGGUUCUUGGAUUUGAUUGACGAGUUUACAGAUGAAAGAUGUGAAAUUUCGUCUAGACUAAUUAAAAAGAACGUCGUUCAUAAAAGAGAUGUGGGUAAAUGUGGUGAUCAUAAACGAGAAGUGGCCGGUUGCCACGAUUCUGCUAGUAACAAGACGUUGGAAGAUUUAGUUAGCAGGGUUGACGCAUUGUACGGUAAAAUUCCUGAAGAAGACGACGAGGAAGACGAGAUUGUUGAAUGCCAUGAGAUUCCAAUGAUUAAAAGGGUCUCAAAUCCGGGAAAUGAGGCUCAAGCCAAAGUGAAGAAGAGUGUAAGAUUUGUUGAGAAUGGAAAAGUUUAUCAGGUUUCUAGGAAUGGGGACUUUGAUAAUGGCGAUGGAAACGAUUUGCUCACUAGAAAAGCUGAAGUUGGGGGGAUUUCAUUGAAGAUAACAGAGGAUGAUGAAGAAGAAGAGAGCAGCGAUGACGAGGAAGGUCUUGUCGAUGAAGUCAGAACGGAAGAUGGGAAUUUCAUCUUCUCUGCACCUGUACCCGUUACCACGGAUUCAAGAACUGACUCAGUGAGCCGAAGGAAGAUUCUAAAAUAGUUGGAGUAACAACUAACAACGGAGCUAUAAAUUUGGCUUUGUCACUAUCUCGUUUGCAUAAUUUUUUGUAACAGCUUGGUGAUUGGUCUGAUUUCUUAAUCCCCAGAUUAUUGUUUCUUUGGUUGGUUAGUGUUGAUCUGUAGCAGCUAGAGAAUAACUGAAAAAUGUUAAAGAUUGCCGGAGAGUUGGGAACUCCUCAGUGUGUUAGCUUUGUUACCCAAUUUGUUCGUCAGUUUGAUCUAAUGGCAUUGUGUUUUGACAAAAACUGGUGCUUUCAUUGAUUCAUCUUGUCUCUUUUUUUAUGAAAAAAAUUCCAUUUCAUAGCAUUGAUGAAGAUUUUAGAACUGUUAUUAUGGCAUACAGC